AGCUUACAACAUACUUUUGUUUUUGGUUUAUUAAUAUUGGACACAAAAGUAGUCGGUAUACUGCGUGCUGAGCAAACGUGUGCAGGUAUCGCGUGAACAAGUAAUUGUGUCGACUUGAGUGGUGCUGAGAGCCGCGUGUGUUGGUUUGAUGUCUUGUUAGCGCAAAAAACACGCUUUUCCUAAUUGUGUUGUCCUACGCAACUUAUAAGUUCACACAUCAAGUGUCCUGUUCUCAAAAACUAUACCAUUGAUAUGGUUUCUAGUCUUUCAUUCUCAUUCAUCCAUUACACACUCCAGUCUCUAGGCUGCACGGUCGUUAUAGUUGAGGGGUGAGUGGCUUUAUUGAAAAUGGCUCUUGGCAAGUUGUUGCAAUUGUUUCCGUCGGAGGUUCAUUGUCGUUUACGUGACGUUACUUUACGUUACUAUAACGGUCGGUCAGAGUGGUUGUGCAGAGCAGCUGACAGGCAGGUGGAUACAUAGGUCUCCCGGGAUGUAGUCAUGGCUGUAUGGAGCACACUUGCAGGUUUUGAGGUGAAAGGUGACUCGCCUCUGAUUGGCUGACGUCCAUGAACCCACCCUACUUUCAUUGGGCGGACAUCCCCUCGACUAUAGCCCCACCCACCCCUCUCUCUGGGGGGCGCUUGUUAAACCACACCACGCCACUCCAGAGCCUCGGUAAGCCCAGGUUGAACAUUUAAUUGGAUCACAUGCUUGCAAAAAAAAAAGAAACCAUGCACCCAAUGGUGAAACAUGCAUGGGCAACAUAGACGAAAGAUAGAUGGUUACAAUACAUUUUUGACUAUAAUCCUGAUUAGGGUCGACCGAUAUGGCUUUUUCUGGGCCGAUACCGAUUAUUACUCAUCCAAGCGGUGACCGAUAUUUGAAUGCAGAAAAAAAGAGAUGUCAAAAGGCGUCAACAUUUUGAAUACUACAGACUCUUAACAGACGACUUUGCUGAAAAGGCCUUAAAGCAUACGUUUAAUUCACAGAACCUUUCAGCAUGACCUUAACAAAGAGCGUGAAGGGAGCUAUCCGCAGCUUUAUUAUGAAGUUGAACAACAAAGUUCAGAGAGAAGUGACUGCGGCUGCAUCAGCGCCAAAGUACAACAUUUUAAAAUGAAAUGAUCUUAUCGGCUUAGAAAAUGGCCGAUACCAAUAAUCAUAUAAACGGAAUCGGUCGACCCCUAAUCCUAAUACAUGUGUUCCUACAAAACGUUGAUGUCCGAUGCCAUAGAAGCUCACUUGACUUGACUUCCUUCACUUUCAGUUUGGAGCAGGUCAAGCGGUGGGCUGCUUAGUCGGGCCACUUGGGUGAUUCUUGACAUAUCCUACAGUACAUGAGUUGGACCUGAUUUGUUAAUAUCCAAAGUUCUGUACUGAAUAUGGUACUUGAAUAUGCGUAUUCUCAUGAAGUUUGACUGGUGUUAGAAGCCUUCUCUUAGUAUUCAGUAAUGUUAAUAACAUAAAUUCGAAAUGUACUUUUACAAGUAUCAGUAACUGAGGGAGCACUUUAUUAGGAAGUCGGAAGACCAGAAUGAUCCUGCCUAGUUCCUCCCUUUGCUGUUAGCGCAACUUCAGUUCUUUGUGGCAUUGACUCCACUAGUUGUUAGAAGAUUUCCUCAGAGAGUCUGCUCGACAUGAUCGGCUGCACAUUCAUGCUGUUCUAUCGCACCCAAAAGGUUUGUCUAUUGUAUUCGCAUCUGGUGACUGCGGACCACACUGAAGUUCACUGUCACUAAAGGAGACAUGAGACUUAUAUUCAGGUUCAUAAUUUCUAUUUGGGUUAUGACUUGAAAAGGUUUACAUGCUCUAAUGUGCAGUAAACACAUCCGUUUCCUCACACUGUCCAUUCCUGCAGCGCCUCUUUCCAGCCUCAUUCUGAAACACUGGGUUUUAGCUCCUUUUCUCUUUAAGGCCCCUCCGUCCCAAUGAAGCCCAGCCUACUCUGAUUGGCCAGUUGGCCCACCAAACAGUUCCAGCGCAAGGAAGGUGUCAGCCUCAGCUCUCGCUUUUGUGAUACAUACUUGAGUUAAAGUACUUGGUUUCUUUGCACCAUUAUGUAGUAGCCUCUUUUGUUUUUGGAUGACAAAAAAGUUCAAACCCCUUCACUGGCAUGAUCAUAUUCAGAUACAGUACAGCCAUGCCAAAUCCCUGAAUGAAUAUUACCUUAGAAGAAACUUUACCUUGGUAACGUAUUAACUGAAAUAAUAAAGGUAUGAACACUUGAUUUUUACAGAACACCUUUACAAAACUGGGCCUAAAAUAUUCAGUAAUUUUAUUAUUUUUCGAUUGUGCUUUAGUUGUGCAUAUUACCAAACAAAUUGUCAAUUGAUUAAACUACAGCAACAUUUUUGAGAUACAGUCCCGGUACAGUCAACCGAGGCUCUAAAAGUUCCCUUGAGGCAGUUUUCACUGUUGCAUAAGAUAACAACAGAGAAUUGAAUCAAAAUUGUUCCCUUUGUAUCUCAUUCACUCACUCACUGCUGAUUGCGUUACGGUAAUCUGUCAGUGACUGAUUGAGCUGAGAUAUGAGUAUGAUUCUACAUGGUACGUGUCAUACAUUUACAUUCACAGCUGGUUCGACACACGUGCCGGGCAGCCUCUUCAGUAAGCCUCAACAAAAUCUUGACACUGUUUUAGGGCUGCAACUUACGGUUAUUUUCAUUAUCGAUUAAUCUGCCAAUUAUUUUCUUAGUUGUUUGGUUCAUAAAAUGACAUAAACUGGGCGAAAAUGUCAGUCGUCUUUCCCAUGACCCCAAGAUGAUGUUUUGUUUUGUCCACACAAAACAUAUUCAGUUUACUGAGCAAAGAAACCAGAAAAUAUUCACAUUUAAGAAGUUGAAAUCAGAGAAUUUAGCCUUUCUUUUCUCAUAAAAACUACCUGAACCGAUUAAUCGAGUAUCAAAAUAGCAGAUGACAAAUUUAGCAGUUGAUUUACCUAUCGAUUAACUGUUGCAGCUCUGCAGUGUUUGAUUGUACACACCAAUGUAUUCAGAGCUGAAACAAUUAGCUGAAUCAAAGAUUAGUCAAUAGACAAAAAAAACAAACAUUUUUGAUUAUUGGUUAUUCAAACUAUCUGUCAAACAGAACACCACACAACUAAACAGCGUCUUUUAUUUAGUCUUAUAUGACAAUAAACUGAAUGUCUUAAGGUUCUGCACUGUCGGUCAGGCAAAGCAAGCAAUGUGGAGCGCUACCGUACCAUAUAUGCCAUUUUAAUGAGCUGUUGGGAUGUUAUUUUAUUGUAAACACUUGCCCCAGCCUGAAAGAUAUUCUAGCAUAUGCCACAUGUCAGUGAGUAAACAGCACAGCGGCUCUACUCUACACUUUUUCCCCCUGAUCAGCUUUUAUCUGACUCCAUCUCAUCAUCUCAGCUGACCACACGCAGGGUCACGACUCACGGGUCACUGGGGGAAAGGUGAGCGGACUGAGCUGCUGCUGCUGCUGCUGUAACCCGUUUGCUUUUUCAAGGCGCUCGGUCAGGGAAGCUGUGUUUCUCAUGGAGCCAACCACCAACCUCCACAUUGAUCUUGUCUAUGGAUAAGGCGAUUGAUUGUUUACAUCAAGUCUUUGGGUCAGCCGGGCCGCCCCCGGAGCCGGUCCGACCUUAGAUUGGUCGAUUAGCAGAGGUUACUACAUCACCUUGGAAGAGAAUCAGUGGGAGUGUUUCGUGCCGGUCAUAUAUCAGCGCAUCAUCCCGGUGUGUGGAGGUUUGCUGCAGCUGCAGUGAGCACAGCGCCACUCGCAUUGGACGCUCAGCUGCGAGAGGAGCACCUUUCGUCUCACCUGGCUGCUGUCCGUUUCCCGGCCCUCUGCUGGCUUGCAUCCGUCCUCACACUCCUCCACCUCAGGGCAGUUAUCUGUUGCUCCACCUCUCCUCAGGGGCUGGCAGAGAGUGCUCGCUGAUAUCAAAAUCACCCUGCAACCACUGUUCCAGCCUGGAAUUCCUCUGACAAAAACACACACAAACACACACACAAAUCCUAUACUCCACUCAACCACACAAACAGCCCCCCCCCCCUCCAGCAGCAGCAGCAGCAGCAGCAUCAUGCUGAGCCCGGACACCUUUCAGAGGCUGAGGUUGCCAGAUAUGGACGACGUUGGUCAGUACAUCCGGAGUGUCCCCACCCCAGUGUUUGUUGGCGUGGGGGCUGUUGCCGCCGCGACGGCUUACUACCUGGCAACGCGACCCGCGACCCUCCCGUCAGUCUGCGACCUCCACAUGCAGUCAGUUGAGGUUCCGGGCAAAGACUUUGAGCGCAGAUCAGUUCUUCAGAACGGAAACGGCCACUUGACGCACGUAUACGACGACGGAAGGACGCUGUACGAGUUCUUCCUCAGAGGAGUCAGAAUCUCCAACAAUGGUCCCUGUCUGGGCUCCAGGAAACCCAAACAGCCGUAUGAAUGGAUGUCCUACAGAGAGGUAAUGGAGCGAACAGAGAAUCUUGGUUCAGCAUUUCUUCACAAAGGACACUCCAAGACCACCGACCCCCACAUUGGCAUCUUCUCUCAGAACAGACCUGAGUGGACCAUCUCUGAGCUGGCAUGUUACACCUACUCUCUGGUGUCAGUCCCUCUGUAUGACACACUGGGAACAGAAGCCAUCUCCUACAUCUUAGACAAAGCUUGCAUUUCCACAAUAGUGUGCGACGUGGCAGAUAAAGUCAACCUGGUCCUGGACUGUACCAAGGACAGGAAACACAACGUGAGAACCAUCGUGCUCAUGGAGACGCCGAGUGCCGAGCUGGUCACCAGGGGCCGGCAGGCUGGAAUCCACAUCCUCAGCCUGCAGGAGAUGGAGGCUAUUGGGAAGGCCAACCAUCACCAACCAGUGCCUCCACAGCCUGAGGACAUGGCCGUCAUCUGCUUCACCAGCGGAACAACAGGAGAUCCAAAGGGAGCUAUGUUGACACAUGGGAAUAUUGUGUCCAACUGCUCAGCCUUCAUCAAACUCACAGAGCGUCACUGUUUGUUUAGCGACAGUGAUGUCCAUAUAUCCUUCCUGCCCUUGGCUCACAUGUUUGAGAGAGUGACACAGGGAGUGAUGAUUGUACACGGAGCCAGCAUUGGCUUUUUCCAGGGAGAUAUUCGUCGGCUGACGGAUGACCUGAACACUCUGAGGCCAACGGUGUUUCCCGUGGUGCCCAGACUCCUAAACAGAAUGUAUGAUAAGAUCUUUGGGCAGGCCAACACCUCUCUGAAGCGCUGGCUGCUGGGGUUUGCCUACAGGAGGAAGGAGGCGGAGCUAAUGAAAGGCAUCGUGAGGAGAGACAGUAUCUGGGAUCGACUGAUCUUUGGGAAGGUCCAGGCCAGCCUCGGAGGGCGCGUCCGUCUCAUGUUCACGGGAGCUGCUCCCAUCUCCCCCACUGUCCUCACUUUCCUCAGAGCUGCAAUAGGCUGUCAGUUCUAUGAAGGCUAUGGACAAACCGAGUGUACCGCCGGCUGCACGAUGAACCUCCCCGGGGACUGGAGUGCAGGUCACGUGGGAGCUCCUCUGCCCUGUAACUCAAUCAAACUGGUGGACGUCCCUGAGAUGAACUAUCUGGCCGUAAACGGAGAGGGAGAGGUGUGUGUGAAGGGUGCCAACGUGUUCCAGGGCUAUCUGAAGGACCCAGCGAAGACCGCCGAGACUAUCGACGCAGAGGGCUGGGUUCACACUGGAGACAUUGGAAAAUGGCUUCCGAAUGGCACGCUGAGGAUUGUGGACAGGAAGAAGCACAUCUUUAAGCUGGCACAGGGGGAGUACAUCGCUCCUGAAAAGAUCGAGACAAUCUACCUGAGGAGUGAUGCAGUGGCACAGGUCUUUGUGCAUGGAGACAGCCUGCAGGCAUGUCUGGUAGCAGUGGUGGUCCCUGACCAUGACUUCCUGUCUGGCUGGACUAAGAAGACCCUCAGAUUGGAGGGCAGCUACCAGGAGCUAUGUGGCAGAGAGGAAGUCAAAGCAGCCAUCUUGGAGGACAUGCUGCGGCUGGGGAAGGAAGGAGGCCUCAAGUCUUUUGAGCAGGCGAGGGCCAUCCACAUCCACUCCGAGCUGUUCUCGAUCGAGAACGGCCUGCUCACCCCAACGUUGAAGGCCAAGAGGAACUGUUUGCGGCAGCACUUCAGAUCCCAGAUAGAGGAGCUGUACGCUGGGAUCACGAUGUAGGAGGGGAGGGCCGGAGAGCGAGGUGCAAGAGCAGAUACAAGAGCUCUAAAAGAGGUUGUUUUAGAUGAAGAGAAAAGAAAAGAGAGGAGUAUAAGCCACAGCACACAGGGAAGUAAACAAAGAGGUUUUCUCAGGCCAAACGACUCAUCGACCUGCUGAGUCCUCAGGGCCAGGAACACUAGAAACGGCAGGAAAAGGAUGUUAUGUAUCUUUUAAUGAAACUUGAAUCAGAGCAUUUUGAACAAAAUAAAAUAACUUGUAGGACCCAUGGCACAGAGCAGAAAACCUCUGAGGGCCAGGGUAGAUUUUAUAUUUAAAAAUUAAUAAGCUAUGCCGAAGCUCUGUGAAGUACACAUUUUGUGAUAAUGCAUUGAUUAUAAUCGAAUAUAAUUAUUGAUUAUGAUCAUUUAUGUAAUCGUCUCCAAUGAGGCAUUUUAAAGGGAAACACUUCUGCUCUGUAGCGUCAGAUAUCUCAGGAAUUUUGCCUCAUGAACCAUGUAUCGUACCACACACACACACACACUUGUCUCUCUAUAGUUGUGAGGGCACUCAUUGACAUAACGCAAAUGUCCUCACGACGAUGGUUUUGAAAGAAAAAAAAAAAAGACAAGUACACACACACACACACACACACAC